AACAACGCAUCAGAAGAGAGAGGUCAUCAAAAUCGGCAAAAAUAUUCACUUCUGCUGAGCUCAAGAAGGCAACAAAUAACUUCCGUGACAGUAUGAUUAUUGGUCAAGGAGGUUUUGGAACUGUAUACAAUAGAAUAGAUGCCAUCAAGAAGUCCAAAGAAAUUGAUCCAAAUCAAGUCGGCAAUUUAUCAAUGAGGCUUCUUGGUGGUUGUUUAGAGAUGCAAGUUCCUUUGCUAGUUUUUGAAUUCAUAGAUAAUGGCACCCUUUUUGAACGCAUACUCAAUAAAACAAAGGCCAAUGCACUUUCAUGGGACAUGCGACUAAGAGUUCCUGCAGAAACUGCUGAAAUACUAGUUUUCACUGCUGCAAAAGUGUCUGAUUUUGGAGCAUCAAGAUUGAUUGCUCUGGAUCAAACCCAAUUAUCCACUAUGGUACAAGGAACAUUUGGAUACCCUGAAUACAUGCAAACAAGUCAAUUGACCGAGAAGAGUGAUGGUUAUAGCUUCGGAGUAGUCCUUGUGGAGUUACUAACAGGAAGGAAGGCAUCAAGCUAA